AAUAUAUGAUAUUUGUCUUGCACUUAAUAAUAUUCAUAUUCAUGGGUUAAUUCAUAAAGAUCUUCAUCCAGGAAAUAUUUUUAUUGAUCCUACAUUUGCAUAUAUUGGAGAUUUUGGAUUUUGCAUGCCAGCAAAAGAAAAUUUAUCAAAUUCUACAAAAAAGAAUAUUUAUGGAGUAAUGCCAUAUAUGGCACCUGAAAUAUUACGUGGAAAACCACAUACAUUAGCAUCUGAUGUAUAUUCAUUAGGUGUGAUCAUAAAUGAAAUAAUUACAGUAACUCCUCCAUUCAAUAAUGAACCACAUGAUCAUUUUCUCGUACUGGAUAUUUGUCGAGGUUUACGUCCAAAUAUUAGAGAAGAAACUCCAACUUCUUUAAAAGAAUUAAUUAAAAAAUGUUGGGAUGCAAAUCCAGAUAACCGUCCAACUUCUGGAGAAGUAUUUCAUAUAUUAUCUUAUCAUUUAAAUACAUACAAAAGUAUUCCAUUAAAAAGAUUAUCAUAUAAUUUUAACGAAUCA